UUACUUAUUUUUCAAUUUUACUUUGUUAAAGGGCGGUUCAGCAGAAGUUGAACUGAAGAAGGGAGACAGAAUUAAGUUGACAACAGACAAAGCUUAUGAAUCUAAAGGCACCAAGGAUUGUGUUUAUAUCGACUACGAUAAUAUUCAAAAAGUUGUGAAACCCGGUAAUCGCAUCUAUAUUGAUGAUGGAUUGAUGUCUCUUGUUGUUGAAAACAUCCAAGGAUCUUUCUUAACCUGUAUCAUAGAAAAUGGUGGUUUUCUUGGAAGCCGUAAAGGAUGUAAUCUCCCCGGAGUUCCAGUGGAUUUGCCUGCUGUUUCUGAAAAAGACAAGUCUGAUCUCAAGUUUGGAGUUGAACAAAAGGUUGAUAUCAUUUUCGCUUCCUUUAUUCGUAAUGGUGCAGCUUUGUCAGAAAUUAGAGGUAUUCUUGGAGAAGAGGGGAAGAAGAUUCAAAUCAUUUCUAAAAUUGAAAACCAUCAAGGUAUGACAAAUUUGGACGAAAUUAUCGAGGCCUCCGAUGGUAUUAUGGCUGCGAGAGGUGAUUUAGGAAUUGAAAUCCCUACCGAAAAAGUUUUUCUGGCCCAGAAAGCCAUGAUUGCUAGAUGUAAUAAGGCAGGAAAACCAGUCAUUUGUGCCACUCAAAUGUUAGAAUCUAUGGUAAAAAAACCAAGACCAACCAGAGCCGAAAGCUCUGAUGUAGCAAAUGCUAUCCUUGAUGGUGCUGAUUGUGUGAUGCUAUCUGGAGAAACCGCCAAAGGCGACUAUCCCGUGGAAUGUGUCGAAACAAUGGCCAGUAUUUGCAAAGAAGCGGAAGCAGCUGUUUGGCAGAAGCAGUUGUUCAAUGACAUUGCAGGCCAG